UUGCAGUCUCUUCUGACAGGUAUAUCUGAGAUCUCCACGGCAUCUACGGGCUGUCGGGUCUUGUUCUAUGACUGUAGUAUAAGGGUACCACAGUCCUCGCUCAGUGCCAUAAACAACAUAUCUGGACAAGCCAAGCAGCAAAAAGGAUUGUUCCAAUCUUCUCAACUACACGCUGGUACACGUGUAGUCUUGUGACUUCGCCUUAUCACAAUCAAGCAGCUCACAAGAAACCUCGUCGCUGCCACGCAACAGCAACUACAUCGCCAGCAUGGUUUCAGCCGCGCGAGGCGUGGCCAAGGUCCUGGGGAUCAACGUCGACUACCGCAGGGAGGCCAACCCUCUGGAGAACUCGAGCGCACUGUCGGUGUCAUCAGUCGACACCUAUGUGGAGCGCGAGCCUACCGUUGCUGAGUGGCUCUCCAAAUUCGCACCAUCAUUCACAGCAACCAAACGCUACCUCCGCAGCUUGUUCCCGUUCCUGGAUUGGAUCUUCCACUACAACCUCACAUGGCUUUUUGGCGAUGUUAUUGCUGGUGUCACCGUUGGCUUCGUAGUCAUUCCCCAGGGCAUGGCCUACGCUCUACUGGCGCAACUACCAGCUGAGUACGGUCUCUACACCAGCUUCGUUGGUUUCAUCCUUUACUGGGCAUUCGCAACAUCCAAGGACAUCACCAUCGGCACUGUGGCUGUGAUGUCUACCAUCGUCGGUAACAUUGUUGUCAAGGUACGAAAGAAUCAUCCUGAGAUGACACCCCCCGAUAUCGCGAGAGCUCUAUCCGUCAUUGCUGGCGCCGUGCUGCUCUUCAUCGGUCUUACCCGCCUCGGCCGCAUCGUGGAAUUAAUCCCUUUGGUCGCCAUCACCUCUUUCAUGACCGGUGCUGCUAUCAGUAUUGGAGCAGGUCAGGUACCAGCCCUCAUGGGAAUCACUGGCGUUGCCACCCGUGGCCCAACCUACCUUGUCAUCAUCGAUACGCUCAAAGGCCUCCCACGAACAAAAUUGGACGCGGCUAUGGGUCUGAGUGCUCUUGCCAUGCUCUACAUAAUCCGUUCGUUCUGCAAUUUCAUGGCGAAGAAGCAGCCGAACAGGAAGAAGAUGUGGUUUUUCAUCAACACUCUUCGCAUGGCUUUUGUCAUUCUCCUGUACAUCAUGAUCAGUUACGUCUCCAACCGCCACGUCAAGGAUGCAAAGAACGCCAAGUUCAGGCUUCUGGGCAAGGUUCCUCGUGGUUUCCAACAUGCUGGUGUACCGAAGCUGAAUCCUGAGCUCCUUUCUGCUAUCGCUCCUGACAUCCCUGUCACAAUCAUCGUACUGAUCCUCGAACACAUCGCUAUCUCAAAGUCCUUCGGUCGCAUCAAUAAUUACGUCAUCAAUCCAUCGCAGGAGCUUGUGGCCGUCGGUUUCACGAACGUUAUUGGGCCCUUCCUGGGUGCGUACCCUGCGACCGGAUCCUUCUCGCGCACUGCUAUCAAGUCCAAGGCUGGUGUUCGCACACCUUUGGCUGGUAUCUUCACUGCCAUCAUCGUUCUCCUGGCUUUGUACGCCUUGACAGCCAUGUUCUUUUAUAUUCCUAUGGCAACUUUAUCGGCCAUCAUCAUUCACGCUGUGGGCGAUCUCAUUACACCGCCCAAUGUUGUGUAUCAGUUCUGGGAGACUUCGCCCCUCGAGGUAGUCAUCUUUUUUGCCGGCGUGUUCGUGACAAUUUUUACGAACAUUGAAAAUGGUAUCUACGCUACUAUUGCAGCUUCUUUCGCCCUGCUGCUUUGGCGCCAGCUCUUCACCCAUGGACAGGUCUUGGGCAAGGUCCGCGUUUACCGCGCAACUCCAGACUCAUUCACUCGCAAGGCAGAUGGUGCUUUUGCUCCAGGUGUUGCGCACUCUUCCCGCGAGGCUUUCAUUCCUAUCAACAGGCAGGACGGUUCGAAUCCGAACAUUGAUAUCGAGUCCCCCUACCCCGGUGUCCUUAUCUUCCGCUUCAGUGAGGGCUAUACGUACCUGAAUCAGCAGGGAUAUAUGGAUGAACUGGUCCACCACGCUCAGGCCAUUGCCAGGCCAACAGCACUUGAUCGGUACGCCAAGUUGGGGGACCGCCCCUGGAACGACCCCGGCCCACGACGUGGCCAGCAGGUCAAUGUAGACGACAACCGCCCCAUCCUCCGCGCCAUUAUCUUGGAUUUUAGCGCCGUCAAUAACGUCGAUGUCACCUCGGUUCAGGGCCUCAUUGAUGUUCGUGCCCAGCUUGACCGCUAUGCCGCUCCCGAGAGCGUUGAGUGGCAUUUCGCAUCGAUCAACAGUCGCUGGACUAAGCGUGCUUUGACCACUGCUGGCUUCGGCUACAUCAGCCGUGAGCGCUUUGCAUCUCGUCAACACUGGAAUCCAGUGUACAGCUACGCCCCUCUGGAGACAUCCAACCAGAAGACCGGAGACGUCGAGGCGCAAGACGAAAUUAAGGCCGUUGGUGGACAGAACGGUUUCAACGGCAAGGUCUCCACAGUCCAUGGAUCGAAUAGGCCGUUCUUCCACAUUGACGUACCGGCUGCGGUUGAGAGUGCGAUCUCGGGCAUUGAGCAGAAGUUGGCACAUGUGAGCCUUGAUGGUUCCGAGAAGAACCUCGGUCACACAGAGCUUUCGACCAAGCAGUUGUAGAAUCCCGCUCGAGCUGCGGUAGCUGUUUUCUAUAGAUUGAUUUCUUCGUACACUAUACCACCACGAUUUGUGAUUCAUUCAGCUUGACUCUAUGCUUCAUCCUAUGCCUCCUGUAUAUCGAGUGCGAGUCGAACACUGAAAAUCUCCCUAAGCCACACAAGGAAGAGCCGCUGAUCAGAUAUACUCACUACCAAGACGGUUGAG